AGUUAACAAAUAUUCUCUAAAUUUCUAUCAAAUACUUUGAAUUGACUUUUGUAGAUUUUAUUGAUUUUUAUGGAUUUGCAUAAUAUAUUAUUUUCAAAAUAUUUCUUCUUAUAAGGCAAUGUAUAACAAUCUCUUCAGAACAUUUCCAAAAACAAAAUCUCGAUGUAAACCAUAUACAUAUAAACAUCACGUAAUUCUGAAAUGUUUAUUUUGUAGGAAAAUUUUAUUUAGCAGAUUGUGGGUUUGCCAACCGUCAGAAGUUUUUAGCUCCAUUUAGAAGUACUAGGUAUCAUCUACAUGAUUUUACGGGCGAAGGUCGUGAUCCCAGUAACCAGAACGAGUUAUUCAACUUGCGGCAUGCGUCUUUAAGAAAUGUGAUCGAGAGAAUAUUUGGUAUCUUCAAAUCUCGGUUUCUGAUUUUUAAAUUUGCUCAUCCUUUCUCUUUUAAGACACAAGCGGAGUUAGUUUUGGCAUGUGCUGGAUUGCAUAACUUCUUACGUAAAGAGUGCCGAUCAGAUGCUUUUCCAGGAGAAGUGAUCAAUGAAAACCGUGAAGAAGAAGAAGAAUAUGGAGAAGUAAGCACUGAAGAAGUAGGUAUUCUUGAAUCUCAGCAACGAAAGUAUGCUAAUAACACGAGAAAUAUGAUAGCUUCUAAUAUGUGGACCGAUGCAGUAGGAAAUAGAAGUCAACAGUGAUAGGAAAUAGAAGUCAACAGUGAUGGUGAGACUUUUAUAAUUUAUUUAUUGAUAUUAUGGUUUGGUGUGUUCACGUAGACACAUAAAUUUUAUGAUACUGUGUUAUGUUUUGUGUUUUCAUGUUCUUAGUUUUCUUAUGAUAAUAAUCAGUCUUUGACUUAUGUGAUUUGUGAUUUUUUUGAAACACCAUUCUUGUUAUCAAUGUGAGUUUGGUUUCUUCAUUAUUAUUGAAUCAAACGGUUGUUUUAUCAAAUAAGAAACUAUAAAAAUAUAAUGAAUUACAGAUCAUGUGAGUUUAGUUGAUUCACCAUUAUUGAGUUUGGUUUGGUGUGUUAACGUGAGUUUAGUUGCAAUAUAUGCAUGUUUUUCUUAUUAUACAGAUUUCAAAAAUCUUAUGAGAAUAGAUGAUAUUUUCAAAAUCUAGUUUUAUGAGUAAAAACAUAAGGAAUUCACCUCCCAAUAACAAUAGAAUUCAUUAGAAUGAUAAAAUCCAUAAUAACUAAACUUUAUGAAUAACAAAUGAUUUGAAUAGAAUUUAAAAGUAUUUAAACCAAUAACAAUGAAUUAUGAUAAAACUUUUUAAAUCUGUAAACCAAUAAUAAUGGAUUCUCAAAAUUUUAUAAUUCUUUCAGAAUUCUUAAACCAAUAACCGCCCCUUGGUAUUUACCAUACUCAACAAGACAAGGCAAAGCAGUGGUGUAAAUGGGCAAUAAAUUGGGCUUGAAAUAAUAAAAUAGAGUCCAAUAAGAUAGAUACACUCAUACACGACGUUGUACGAAAGGCGCAGUACCCGAGGGAAAAGACAAGGCGUGUGCAGCGUGCAUGUAUAAAUGCACGUAGUGAGUGAACAGAACAUUCAGCCCGCUGCUGCAUUAAAUUUCUUUCAAGGCUUCAACGGUCACAUUUUUUACUAUUAAAGACAUGACUUAUUAUUAAAAAAAAAUACUUGUGAGUGUUUGUAAGCAAAAUGGCUCUUUGUUUUCUUUUUCGAUUUUAAACCCAUUGCUGAUGGUUUAUUUUAUUAAAUACAAUAUCAUAUGGUUGUUUAGUUGACUUUUAGAUGAAACUGCAAGCUUAACCAACCAAAUAAAUCUUUUGUUUCACACUAAGGCUACACAAACUAAUACUACAAUGCAAUAAACUCUAACCAGAACAUCUCGUGAACAAAAAGACAAUGACACAGAGACAGUCAGACAGUAAGUCAGUAACCCUUACAAGUGAAAAACCUUAAAACAACUUCCACAGUUCCACUUAAUAGUUUCAUGUCCUUCCUUUCCCAAGCUUUGAAACUCUAAGAGAGCGGUAGGAGAGAGCUCUUACAUCUGCAACAUUACAAAUGAAACUCGUGAUGAAGAGCUCUUACUCCUCACGAGCUUCAUCAUCUUCUUCCUCCUUUGAAUCCGUAUCCCAUCUUUUGAAUCCUCUUCACUCUUCUUUAAAUACUCAAACCAUGCACUUCAAAAACCACAACACUAAAACAAAAGCUCUUCUCUGCAAUAAUGGAACCUAAGACUCUCUUUGUCUUCACUAUCUUUCUCCUCUUUGUUUCUUCUUCCUCAGAAACCCUAAAGAAACAGACUUACGUCAUUCAGCUUCACCCUAAUAGCCAAUCAGCUAAAGCCUUUCCUUCAAAGCUUGAUUGGCAUCUUUCUUUUCUUCAAGAAGCUGUUCUAGGUAUUGAAGAAGAAAACGAAGACCCUUCUACAAGGAUUCUCUACUCUUACGCCUCUGCCAUUGAAGGAUUCUCAGCUCAGUUAACCGAAUCAGAAGCCAAAACACUCAAGAACUUACCUGAAGUUGUUGCAGUAAGACCUGACCAUGUUCUCCAAGUCCAAACCACUUACUCUUACAAGUUCUUAGGACUCAACGGUCCAGGACCCUCCAGCGUAUGGUCUAAAUCCCGGUCCGGCCAAGGCACGAUCAUCGGCGUUCUCGACACAGGAGUCUGGCCCGAAAGCCCUAGCUUCGACGACACAGGGAUGCCUUCAGUCCCAAGCAAAUGGAAAGGUGUUUGCCAAGAAGGAGAGAGCUUCACUUCCUCAAACUGUAACAAGAAACUAAUCGGCGCUAGAUUCUUCAUCAGAGGCCACCGCGUAGCCAACUCUCCUUUGGACUCACCAAACAUGCCUCGCGAAUACAUAUCGGCACGAGACUCCACGGGGCACGGGACCCACACCGCCUCAACUGCUGGCGGCUCCUCUGUUUCGACGGCGAGCGUUCUCGGUAACGGAGCCGGGGUAGCCCGCGGGAUGGCGCCAGGAGCUCACGUGGCGGUUUACAAAGUCUGCUGGUUCAACGGCUGUUACAGCUCAGACAUUCUGGCGGCGAUAGACGUAGCGAUACAAGACAAAGUCGACGUUCUAUCCCUCUCCCUAGGCGGUUUCCCUAUCCCUUUGUAUGAUGACACUAUCGCCAUUGGUACCUUCCGCGCCACGGAACAUGGAAUCUCCGUUGUCUGCGCGGGUGGCAACAACGGUCCGCUCGCUAGCUCGGUGGCGAACACAGCUCCUUGGGUCUCAACCAUCGGAGCGGGAACGCUCGAUAGAAAAUUCCCGGGGGUUGUUAGGUUAGCCAACGGGAAGCUACUCUACGGAGAGUCGUUGUACCCAGGGAAAGGGAUAAAUAAGGCUGAGAGAGAGUUGGAGAUUGUCUACGUGGCGGGAGGAGACAAAGGAAGCGAGUUUUGCUUGAGAGGCUCGCUUCCGAGAGAGAGUGUCCAAGGCAAGAUGGUGAUAUGCGACCGUGGAGUCAACGGGAGAUCUGAGAAAGGACAGGCGGUUAAAGAAGCGGGCGGCGUCGCGAUGAUCUUGGUUAAUACAGAGAUUAACCAAGAGGAGGAUUCUGUAGACGUUCAUUUGAUACCAGCUACAUUGAUUGGUUACGAAGAGUCUGUUGUUUUGAAAGGUUACGUGAGGGACACGGUAAGGGCAAAAGCUAGGUUAAUUUUCGGCGGGACGGUGAUUGGGAGGUCGAGAGGGCCUGAGGUGGCGCAGUUCUCAGCGAGAGGACCGAGUUUGGCUAACCCCUCGGUGCUUAAACCGGAUUUGAUCGCGCCAGGUGUCAAUAUUAUAGCUGCUUGGCCUCAGAAUCUUGGACCGACGGGGCUUCCUUAUGAUUCGAGGAGAGUUAACUUCACUGUGAUGUCGGGGACUUCGAUGUCUUGUCCGCACGUUAGCGGCAUCACUGCUCUGAUCCGGUCUGCGUAUCCGAGCUGGUCUCCAGCUGCUAUCAGAUCCGCGAUGAUGACGACGGCUGAUUUGUACGAUCGGAGAGGGAAAGAGAUUAGGGACGGGGACAAACCGGCGGGAGUGUUUGCUAUUGGAGCAGGGCAUGUGAAUCCGGUUAAGGCGAUUAACCCGGGGUUGGUUUACAACAUCCAACCGGUUGAUUACAUUGCUUACUUAUGCACUAUUGGGUUUACUAGAUCGGAUAUUUUAGCGAUCACUCACAGGAACGUUAGCUGCGGUGCGGUACUGAGGAAGAGACCCGGUUUUAGUCUUAAUUAUCCGUCUAUUUCGGUUAUUUUUAGACGUGGGAGGACUAAGGAGAUGAUCACGAGGCGUGUGACUAACGUUGGGAGUCCUAACUCGGUGUACACUGUGAAUGUUAAGGCUCCUAUGGGGAUUAAUGUGAUUGUAAAGCCUAGGAGGCUUGUGUUUAGUCACGUUGAUCAAACGUUGAGCUAUAGAGUUUGGUUCGUGUUGAAGAAGGGAAGCAGCAGAGGAGAGAAGGUGGCUGGUACCUUUGCGGAUGGACAGUUGACUUGGGUCAACUCUCGUGAUUCGAUGCAGCGAGUUAGGAGUCCAAUCUCUGUGACCUUGAAGAAUCAUUGAUAGCCAAGGAAGGAAACAUUUUCAUUCUCUGUUCAAAAGUUGGUUUUAGGGGUUUUUAUGCUAUAAAACCUUAAGGAAAAGUAGUGAAAAAUAAAUAAGGAAAGCUACAUUUGAGUUGUGAGUGAAGCUGAUUAUUGAUUGUUGUUUGUUAUUUUCAGCAAUAGCUGUAUUUCAUUUUCCAUAUUCUUAUAAAUGAAACUUUUGUUUGAUA